UCUCUCUCUGUGUCCCAUUCUGUGCUUCUGAUCACACCUAACAACCAAAAAUUCCCUCUCUCUCUCUCUCUCUCUCUCUCUCUCUCUCUCUCACACACACACACACAAAAAUCCAUAUAUUCAUUUUCUAGGGUUCAUCGAAUUAUAAUAUACAUAUACAUGCACGUUCCUUUCUCUCUGCAAUCCUUUGUUUAUAGUACUUUUUUUUGUAGAGAGAGAGAGAGAGAGAGAAGUGACACAUUGAUAGUUUGAUACAUACAUCAGAAGAUGAAGAGGAUGAGGAGCUUUAACCACCGAAAGUAACGGCACUUUUACGCUAUUCAAUUCCAAGAUUCCUACAAAAAAACCCAUUUUAAUUUCUACAUCCUUUCUUCUUCUUCAUCUUCACAAAAAACAGGGCAUUCGUUUCUGUCUUAUUAAAUUCUCUUCUCUUCGUCGCCUUUGCCAUUUGAAGCUCCGGAGGUGAUAUCUGCUACAGUUGGUGUGUUUUCGAUUGAAUUUUGAGAUAAAGAAAUAGCCAUGAAUUUCGAGCUUGUGGAAAUUGUACCACGGGAACUCAAGUUCACAUUUGAACCGAAGAAGCAAAGCUCUUGCACUAUUCGUCUAAUCAAUAAGUCCCAAAAUCAUGUUGCUUUUAAGGUCAAGACUACUAGUCCAAAGAAAUACUGUGUUCGACCCAAUACUGGAAUUAUUAAACCCAGUUCGUCCUGUGAUUUUACUGUAACCAUGCAGGCACAAAAGGCACCUCCUCCUGAUAUGGCAUGCAAGGACAAGUUCUUAGUUCAAAGCACUGUUGUGGCAGAGGAGACUGUUGAGGAGGAUAUUACAUCAGCCAUGUUUUCCAAAGAUGAUGGCAAGUAUGUUCAAGAAAAUAAGAUGAGAGUGAUCCUUGUCAGUCCAUCCAGUUCGCCUGUUUUAUCACCAAUCAAUGGUGUACAUAUUGAUCUUCCAAGUUACAAAGAUUCACCGCGAAAAGAUGAAGUACGUGGCAACGAAAAUAUCAGUGGACAGCAAGAAAGAGAUGUCAAUGGAGUACACAGCCACAGUGGUGGAUUUUUCGAAGAUUCGUUCACAAGAGAUCAAGUAACCCCCCGUGCAAAUCGAAAUCCACCGCAAGAACUGGAUGAGAAUGUCAAGGAGUUCAAAAAGGAAAAUGCCAACAUGCAAAUGGAAGAAAAGCAUGUGCAGUUGGAGACGAGGAAACAUGGAGAAGAGAUGGAAUUAGUCAAGGAUGUUGAGAGCAUGAAGUACAAAAUAAGUGAACUUGAACGGAAAUUAAAUGAGGCCAAAGACACCAUCUCUAGGCUAACGGAGGAGAGGAAGUUUGCAGCUCAAGAAAGAGAGAGCUUACAGAGAGAAUUGGUCAUGUUGACAAGUAAAAAAGGCGGAAGAAAAGUCCGGGUUGGAUUUCCUUUCCUGUAUGUAGUUACUGUAGCCUUUAUUAGCAUGGUGUUCGGUUACCUUUUGCAUUACUGAUCGAAGCAUUUAAUACGCUGCUAUGACUGGAAGGCUACUGUGUCUAUAUCUUGGUAGACAGUUUUUCCUUCAUAAAGCCCUAUCUGCUCUAUCUAAAGUUGGGGAUCAGAUAUGUUGUUGUACUGACUAGUAAUGGAGUAUAUCUAGUGUUGUAAAUGCUGUUUUGGAUGGAAUAAAAUAUAAUAAUCUUCCCCUCGCUCCA